AUGUUGCUUUCUAGCAUUACCUUUUCCGAGUAUCAAAUCUCCACAAUGGUGGUUUAUUUGUUACUCAUGAUCUUUUCACUGGGUGUCUUGAAACGAGUGUUCUUCAAUCCCCUGCGUCAUCUACCUGGUCCCUGGUAUACAUCUCUCACUGGAUUUGUGCUUCGUGUGCAUGCCCUGAAAGGCUAUCGAUCCCAAUGGGUCGAUGAACUACAUGACAAAUACGGACCUGUGGUUCGCAUUGCGCCAGAUGCUGUGGAUAUCUCUGAUUAUGAUGGGUUCCGGGAGAUACACAAGAUUGGCAGUGCUUUUGUCAAAUCCUCCUGGUAUAUCAAGUUCCGCGAAGCAAUCAAUUGCUUCACGGCAACGGAUCCUCAUGUGCAUGCCCGCAAGCGAAGACUUCUUUCCCGCCCGUUCAGCAAAACUUCUCUCCGCGAGCACUGGGAGCCUACAGUCCGUCAGCUUGCUGAAGCCGCUGUUCGAGGUAUUAAGAAAGAAGCUGCAGUUGGGCCUUCUGACUCGAUGAAGUGGUGGACCUUUAUGGCGACUGACGUCACCGGGGCUCUCGUCUUUAGCGAGGCCUUUGGUAUGACUGAAACUGGAAAAAAAAGCAAGUAUAUCGAGGAGUUGGAGUUUGUCAACAAGGCCCGAGCGCUGCGGUUGGAAGUUUACGGCCUGUACCGUGCACUGAGGUCAUGCACAUUUGGGUACUUUGAUCCUCUUACUCGCGCAGAUCAAUACAUUGAAAAGAGAACGGCGGAGAUCGUGGAGCGUGCUUCGCAACGAGAGCUUGUCAAAGCCAAUAUUUUUGCAGGUCUUCAAGGUGAAAAGGACAGCGACGAAACCAUGGCUGACCGAGAAGUACUGUUGGAAUCUAUCAUGUUAAUCGUUGCUGGCUCUGGAACAACUGCUGUUACCAUGACCUUCCUCACAUGGGCAGUGAUGGCAAAUCCCCAGAUUCAGACACUGCUGGAAAAAGAAGUGGCAAUCUUGAGAGAGGACUUCACGGACUCAGAGCUUGAAGCAUUGCCGUAUCUCAAUGCAGUCAUCAACGAAUCACUCCGUCUCUAUGGUGCUGCGCCUUUUGGGCUACCUCGUAUUGUGCCAAAGGCUGGCUUCAAUGUGUGUGGGCUCCAAAUCCCCGGUGGAACCACAGUCACUACACAGUCCUUUUCAAUGCACCGAGAUGGCUCUGUGUGGGAAGACCCUGGCAAAUUCGCUCCUGAAAGAUGGCUAGACAAGAAGCAAAAUCCCAGAGCAAUCUUUGCGCCCUUUGGCUCCGGGAGCCGCACCUGCAUUGGGCUUCAUAUGGCCCAAAUGGAGCUUCGCUUUGCCACUGCCCUGCUAUUCCGAGAGUGUGCCGGCAUAAAUCUGGCCCCAUCCACGACUCCGGAGUCCAUGGAAAUUGAGCAAUACUCCCUCAUUGCUCCAAAGGGUAGAAAAUGCGAGAUAGUGUUCUAG